GGUCUACAACAGUCCGCCGGUGGCGAAUUUCAAGGUCGGUGCGCAAGGGCACACUCCGCGACCACUUUCAGCAGUUCUUCUGAACAGAAAUUUCAAGGUCGUCGACGCGUCGUGCAAUCAAUAAACCAAAAUACGUGGUCUGGGUCCCGUAAAUUACAUUUGGCGGCGAGGCAGAGCAAACCUGCAAACUGGACGAGCGUCGAACGUCGUAUUCCCUGUCGUUCAGUUGCACAAAUAUUGGUGCGUAGCUGCAUGCGAUAUGCAAGCGUUAUCGCCGAGCCGCGCCGGGUUUGCCAAGUUCAUUAUCCCCGUUUUGGAUGGCAAAUAAAGCGGGCUUUGUGCCACAGGCCACAGCAGUCUUUUGUUUUCUUCGUGACGUACGCGAUGACAGUGAAAGCCGGCGUCGGGUCCUCAAUCGCAUCCUGAAAAGCAUCAAACAGUGGACAUAUUCGUUCAUCCCUGUUACAAAUUCGCAUUGAAUAACAGGGGUCAGGUGGUCAUCAAGUGGCCAGAUACAUUUUUUGCGUUUUGAAAACAAAAAUUUUUGAGACAGCGGCGCGCAUCGCGCGUGCGCAAUUGCCGACUGGCAAGUAUGUGAAGAGACCCCAAAACAAGUGUAAUCAGAAGAAAGCAUACGUGGAUUUUCUCCCAAAAAAAACAUUGCCGGGGCAUGAUCGUCUUUUGUUUCGGCGGUUUGCGACAUCCUGUAUCGAGUGUGCCUUGGUGCCGGGUGUGUCAACUUGAUUUCGGCUGUGUCAACGCAGACAUGUACUAGUGGAGUUGACUGAAGAACAUGCAAACUGCAGCCGCAUCAACCGGUACCGGCAUUUCGCCGAUGCUCAUGCCCGACUUGACUACGCUCAGCCUACUUGGACAUCGCUCCCAGCCGGGGGGCGGUCACCUCGGGGCAGGGCACCCCACUCAGUCUCAUCCUAGCAUGCAGAGCAACCCUAAUGCGGGUCCAUCCGGCACGCCCCUGCCCACCUCGACGGCAGUGGCACUGCCCGGCCAAUCGGCAGUGGCGCCCGUGGGUGGUGCCGGCGUGGUCGCUGGGGCUGCUGGAGCCGUACCGGGAGCCACCGGAGCAGUCACUCCCGGAGCGGCUGGAGCCGUUUCGCCGCCCGUCGAACCACCCGUAUUCCAGUGUCCGCGCCGCCCUAAUCUCGGUAGGGAGGGCAGACCCAUCGGCCUCAAGGCCAACCACUUCCAGAUCACUAUGCCCAGGGGAUUCGUUCACCAUUAUGAUGUUAAUAUACAGCCUGAUAAGUGUCCCAGGAAGGUAAACAGGGAAAUCAUAGAGACGAUGGUGAAGGCAUACGGCAAAAUAUUCGGCAACUUAAAGCCCGUGUUUGACGGUAGAAAUAACUUAUAUACAAGGGAUCCCCUACCCAUAGGCAACUCGAGAGAAGAAUUAGAAGUUACAUUACCUGGGGAAGGCAAAGAUAGGUUGUUCCGAGUCAGUAUAAAAUGGGUAGCACAAGUAUCACUGUAUAGUUUAGAAGAAGCGUUAGAGGGUAGGACUCGACAGAUACCUUAUGAAGCGAUUUGUGCUCUAGAUGUUGUGAUGCGACAUUUACCUUCGAUGAGCUACACGCCAGUGGGCAGGAGUUUCUUUAGUAGUCCUGAAGGGUACUACCAUCCCUUAGGUGGUGGCAGAGAAGUGUGGUUUGGUUUUCACCAGUCUGUAAGGCCAAGCCAGUGGAAAAUGAUGCUGAAUAUAGAUGUAUCUGCAACUGCUUUCUACAAAGCUCAGCCAGUGAUCGAAUUCAUGUGCGAGGUGCUGGAUAUCAGGGAUAUAAACGAGCAGCGUAAACCGUUAACUGACAGUCAACGAGUGAAGUUCACCAAGGAAAUCAAGGGACUCAAGAUUGAAAUUACACAUUGUGGGGCUAUGCGGCGGAAGUAUCGAGUUUGCAAUGUUACGAGGAGGCCUGCCCAAAUGCAAUCAUUUCCGUUGCAGUUGGAAAAUGGCCAAACAGUGGAAUGCACGGUAGCUAAAUAUUUCCUGGACAAGUACAAAAUGAAAUUGAGAUACCCCCACUUGCCGUGUUUGCAAGUAGGACAGGAACACAAGCACACCUACUUGCCUUUGGAAGUUUGCAACAUUGUCGCUGGUCAACGCUGUAUUAAGAAGUUGACGGAUAUGCAAACGUCCACGAUGAUCAAGGCGACUGCCAGAUCAGCGCCCGACCGGGAACGCGAGAUCAACAACCUGGUGCGUCGCGCUGAUUUCAACAACGACGAGUACGUGCAGGAGUUCGGCCUGACGAUCAGCAACAACAUGAUGGAAGUGCGAGGGCGAGUGUUGCCGCCCCCGAAGCUGCAGUACGGAGGCAGGGUAGCCUCGCUCAGCGGACAGUUGCAGAGCAAGCAACAAGCGAUGCCAAAUCAAGGAGUUUGGGACAUGCGCGGCAAGCAAUUCUUCACUGGUGUCGAAAUAAGAGUGUGGGCGAUCGCUUGUUUCGCUCCACAGAGAACCGUGCGAGAAGAUGCCCUCAGAAACUUCACGCAGCAGCUUCAGAAGAUCUCAAAUGAUGCCGGUAUGCCCAUUAUCGGCCAACCUUGCUUUUGUAAAUACGCUACAGGUCCAGAUCAGGUGGAACCCAUGUUUAGGUAUCUGAAAUCGACGUUCCAAUCAUUGCAGCUCGUCGUAGUUGUCUUGCCAGGAAAAACGCCAGUAUACGCUGAGGUUAAACGAGUUGGAGACACAGUUUUGGGUAUGGCCACACAAUGUGUUCAAGCGAAGAAUGUAAAUAAGACUUCACCACAAACACUGUCAAAUUUAUGUCUGAAAAUUAAUGUUAAGCUGGGAGGAAUCAACAGCAUUCUAGUGCCAUCUAUUAGACCAAAGAUAUUCAACGAACCUGUGAUCUUCCUGGGCGCCGACGUGACCCAUCCGCCUGCUGGAGACAACAAAAAGCCUUCGAUCGCGGCCGUAGUGGGCUCAAUGGACGCACAUCCAUCGAGGUAUGCAGCCACAGUCAGAGUCCAACAGCACCGACAGGAGAUCAUUCAAGAACUUAGUUCUAUGGUCAGGGAGCUGCUCAUCAUGUUCUACAAAUCGACAGGCUACAAACCUCACCGGAUCAUCCUGUACCGCGACGGCGUCUCCGAAGGCCAAUUCCUCCAACUGCUGCAGCACGAACUGACGGCGAUCCGAGAGGCGUGCAUCAAGCUGGAAGCAGACUAUAAGCCUGGCAUCACAUUCAUUGUUGUGCAGAAACGGCAUCACACGCGCCUCUUUUGCUCCGAUAAAAAGGAACAGAGCGGUAAGAGCGGCAACAUACCCGCAGGCACUACUGUCGACGUCGGCAUCACCCAUCCCACAGAGUUCGAUUUCUAUUUGUGCAGCCACCAAGGAAUACAGGGUACUUCCCGUCCGUCACAUUACCACGUUCUAUGGGAUGACUCCCAUCUUGAUUCCGACGAGCUGCAGUGCCUGACCUACCAGCUGUGCCACACGUACGUGCGGUGUACGCGGUCCGUCUCGAUACCGGCGCCCGCUUAUUAUGCCCAUCUGGUCGCAUUCAGGGCCAGGUACCAUCUGGUAGAAAAGGAGCACGACAGCGGAGAAGGCUCUCACCAGUCAGGCUCUUCAGAAGACAGAACCCCAGGUGCUAUGGCUAGGGCUAUCACUGUUCAUGCGGAUACUAAGAAAGUAAUGUACUUCGCCUAAGGUGCUUGUCACAUGACAUGCACAGAGAAGGUAAACGAAUGGCCAAACUUAGCUGUAGACCAAUUAAUGCGCUACAUGAAGCGUGGGUAGGGGCACGAUGACGAUUAUUGUAAAAUUUGCCUUAUUUGGUUGCUAAGGAAGCUAGUAAGGGUCUGUAAAAAAGGUCAUAUAGUUUGGUAAGUUUGAGGUUUGAGAAAACCUCUACAGUUAUUUUUUUAUGUUUGUUUAAACUUACAGAUACUAUUUAGAGCUCUGCAACAAUUUGUGAUACAUACAAGUCAUGCAAUUUAAUUAUCUUACAGUAAAUUUCCUGAUGUUGCUGUUUCAUCUUUGGAAACCAAAAUAAUUUGUUAUAUAUAUAUAUAUAAUAUUAUAUAAUUCAGAAAUUGCAACCGUUGCAGAGCAUAAUGUCAGUGUUAAUCUGGUCUUGAAUCAACUUGGCAUUCAAAUAAAGUUGUUCCCAUUGUUAACCAGUGUUGUUGCUUUUCUUCCUUAUUACAAUAAUAUCUUGCGAUUCUACUAAAUGUUGCUGACGUUCUACUACCUGUUUGGAUGUUAGUGACUUUAAUUGAUGUAAUUUCCUCAGUGUUUCAUUCACUGCAUUGUUUAAUGCCUGAAAAUAUUAAAGUAGUACAUUUUUCCGAACUUCAAACUUACCUCAAUUAUUGUAUGUAUUUGUUAAUAAUUGAAGAGCAACCCAUUGUUUGUAUAACGUAUAUUUGUAAGCCAAACUUUACACUCUCGACAAAUCAGAAAAUAUUAUGAAUGGAAUUAAUUUUGAACCAAUACUUUUUAGGAUAUGUAUGCCCAAUACCAAAGUUUUUGGUAAAAGAUUAUUUAUUGAAAAGCCAAAAUGUUCAUAUUAUAUUUUGUUCUUUAUAUUUAUAUAUUUUUGCCUAACUUAGCGAGUAUUUGUUUUUUUUUAUCCACUUACGUGUUAUUUUCACUAUUCCAGCAGAAUAUCUGCUUAAUGUACAGAAAGUCGUUUUUUAUUGUGAAUUUUUUGUAAUGAUUUUGUUUGAUAUGAAGAUGAGGGUCAAGAAUGACGAUGUACAUUGGAUUCAAAAACAAAUAUACUAAUUAGCGUAAUAGGCCCCAAUAUUUAAAUAAUAUUGACUUUGAUCAGCACUUGAACUUCUCAGCAUCAUAAAAGACGACUUUCUCUGUAAUAAACCAAGCUUUAAACUAUGUUAAGUCUUUCACACAUCACUUCUACAAACAGAAUUUUGUAUUGGGUGGUUUUUAUUGGGAAAUGGCUAUUAUAAAAUUGUUAAUUUGACCUAAACUUUUGUGUAAGCGUCUAACAGCGUACUUAAAAAGUUCUAAAUGGUAAAAAUUCUGUUUAUAGAUUUUGAUAAUCAAUCGCAGCCAAUUCCUAGCGGUUAUCUAUUCUAUACAUAUAUUAACUAAAUGUUAUUAUUGUAUCUUAAUCUUGUGUAAUUGUGUCUAUUAUUUAAUUGACGAGUCAAAUUAUAUAUCAUGAAUUCUUGGUGCUUUGAAAAGUCAUACACUAACGGAAAAAAGCAUAUUACUAAAUAGAAUGCAUGUCAAUCUCAACAUAUUAAUUCAUAUCUUUCAAAAAAGUGAAUUUACUCAAAGCAAACUUACUUCCAAUCCUCAAAUUCUGUCUAGACAAUAAAAUGGUGUGAGUUUAGACAUUCCUUCGAGCACAAUGUACAGUGUGCCAAAAAAGUAUGAGCAAACCCUAUUUUUUCUUGAAUUUCAACUGGGAAAAGAUGGGUUUUUUGAUACUAGAUUUAUCUGAAAACUGACAUCCAAAUAGUUAUUUAUGAUGGCAAUAGAUUGAGCAUAUUGAAAAUAACACAAGAAUAACAAUGGGAAUUAUGAAUUUCAGGUAUUAAAUAAAUAUUGGCACACUAAAACAAAAGUUAGUACUUUGUUAUCAUACCAUUUAAUUCCAAGAUACCAAUCCCGUUAGACGUUUGUGGUACUUUGAGACUCGAAAAAAAAAUCUGCAAAAUGACAGCUGCAAGAUGUUCUCAUGCAGAAAGGAGACCAAGUUAACCAGAAAUAACCCAGAAAUUCUAUGCUAUGAUAGCUUCAGUCCAUAAUUGAUGUAGUGUGAUAACAAAGUAGUAGCUGCAAAUAAAUUUUGUUAUUACUUAUUAACUUUUGUUUUUUUAGUGUGCCAAUACUUUUUUGACCUUUGGAUUUCAUAAUUCCUAUUAUUAUUCUUAUAUUAUUUUUAAUUUGCUCAAUCUAUAACCAUCCACCAAGAAUUACUAAUUGGAUAUUAGUUUUCAAAGAAAUGUAACAAAAAAUAUUUUCGAUAAUGAGAUUCAAGAAAAGGGCGGUCUGUCAAUACUGUUUUGACUUACUGUAUGACUAUGAACUUUUAUUGACCAUUGAUAAAUGAUUGAUAAUCUAAAUCGUUUGAUUUAUAUAUGGUAGAGUGCAUUCAGCAGUGUGAAAGUGUUAUAGUAUUUUAAGAUGUCUGCUUGAAUCUACAGGAACCUUUCUCUGAUGAAAUUUAAUUUUUAUGAUAACAGAGUACAGCAAGUUGCCUGGCAAAAUUUAGGUGUAGAAUACAAUGUCAUUUGCAGGAAAAUUAUGUAGAUAAUUGGCAAAACGGGUGUCAGCUACAAUUUAUGGGUUUAAGGUGUAAACAGAUAUCAUAUUUUUAAUUUUUACACUUACGUAUUUCUUUGAAUGAAUUAUAUACCAAAGGUCAAUUUUUCUAUGCACUUUGAAAAAGCGCCGCAAGUAGAAGUCGAUAUCAUUUGCAAUUAAUUCUCCCACAUGAACUAAAAUCACGUUUGUUUAAACUUUUCGGUGGUAAAGUUUGUACCCUGAAAAUGUUUGUUUGAGGCUUUUUGGAGAGUAAUGUAUUUUUUUCAACAUGAAGCAGUACGCGCAUUUCGUCUUUCUUGCUUACAGUCAUUCAGAGUGGGAAAAUUUAUUUCAAAAGUAUAAUUCAUAGACAGCCGGGUAUAAGAAUUGAAAAUACGAUACCUGUUUACACUAGGCAACCCAUAGAUAGUGAAUGACUAAGAGCUGGUAACCAUUUUACCAUUUUUUACAUCUUUUGCGUUCAAAUGAUGGUUACUUGAAAAAUAUUUAUCAGCUUGGGUCAUUAAUAAAGCUGUAAUUCGGCAACCACUCCUCCUAGAGUUAUCGGAUAAAUUUUAUAACAAAAGUGGCCAAGAAAAAUUGUUGGAAAUUAUUUUCAACUCCCAGAAAUUACCGCCAGGGGGCGUAAAUAUAACCUCUGAAAUACAACUGCCGUUUUUUCACAUAUAUUCAUAACUAGCUGGUACCCGCGAUUUCAUACGCUUAAAAUUGUUAAAAUAACUAGAUUUUUGAAAUUGACACAGAUGAUACCAAAUUUUACAUUGUAAAAAAUACCUCUCUGCCUAGCCUUUACUUACAAAAGUUAAAUGUAUCUAAAUUGUGACAGCCCGUAUAUCCAUUUUGGUACAUGUCACAAAUUCUAUUCUCAGUUUAAAUCCACUCUAACUUUAGAGUAUUGCUAAUUUUAGGUAUCCAGCAGGAUUCCCUUCCGAUAAAUUGUAUAUUCAUAGGCCAAAUAAUUUUUCAGAUUAUGUCAUGAACACUGCGUAUAUCUGCACACCAGUCACGAAAUCGGUUCUGAGCUGACAUCUCCUCUCUAGAGAGCACCUCCCUGCUAAAUUUCAUCUUAUAGCUUUAGAGAUAAAUUUCUAUAAGCCCAACUUGAACUGUGGUAAGGUUCCCCAUACGAAUAUUCAACCCCUUCCUACCCCAUCAUAAGGAUAUAAUUUCUGAGCUUAUUUAUUUUUGUAUUUUAGGUUCAACAUACUCCUACUUGUAGGCUGACCUAACUUGGAAUGUUCUAGGUUCUUCAUUCUCGAGAGCAUUGACCAAAUUUUCUUGGAAAGUGCCCACUUAUAUCACGGCUGACAAAAUAACAUCUGUCAAAACUUACUUAUACUUUUUUCUGUAAUCACUUCGAGCUUACCUCCCCCUAAACCCAAUUCAUGAAAAAAUGGUGUCAACGUAGAAGUUUACAAAUCAUGUAUACUAUUAAAACAAGUUAUUUUAGGCAUAUUUAGUUAUGAAUAUUUGUAUUUAUGAGGUUAUAAUUACGUCCCUAGCGCCCAUUAUAGAGAGCUUAUUAAUAUAGUAAUUAUUAAUAUAAUACAGGGUUUGUCCGGAAAGUAAUAGGACUGAGUCAAUUUAAAAAAAAUUUAUUGAGCCAAUCGUUACAAUUCUUUAAAAAUUUUCAAAAUAGGCUCCUUCUGCGUCGAUGCAGCACUGCCAGCGCGAUUUCCAAGCAUUGAAGGCGUCACGGAAGGCAUUCUCCGGAAUAGCCUUGAGAGCCGCGGUGCAUGCUGCUUGGAUCCCCUCUGUCGUCUCAAAAUGCUUGCCUUUCAUCGGCCUUUUCAGGCGAGGAAACAAAAAAAGUCCGACGGGGCCACAUCUGGGCUGUAGGGCGGCUGCGGAAGCGAUGGGAUGCCGGCCUUUGUCAGGUAGCUGUUCACAAGAAAGACGGUGUGAGCCGGGGCGUUGUCGUGGUGCAACUUCUAGUCGGUUGCGUUGUCUUGUCGGACCCGACUGACCCUUCGUUUGAGUCUCCUGAGCACUUCCAGGUAAAACUUGGCGUUGAAUGUUUGUCCAGGAGGAACAAUUUCAUGGUGGACGAUUUCUUUGAUGUCAAAAAAGACAAUGAGCACCGUUUUCACUUUGGAUUUUAUCAUUCUUCCCUUUUUUGGGCGAGGAGACGCCGUCGUGUGCCACUCGGAAGAUUGCCUCUUUGUCUCGGGAUCAUACUCAAAGAUCCACGACUCGUCACCUGUGAUUACGUUAUUCAAAAAUUGGGGGUCACUUUCACACAUGUUCAAAUCUUCUUGGCACACUUCCACUCGCCGCAAUUUCUGGUCGUCGGUGAGCACUUUUGGGACCAUCUUCGCGCACACCUUGCGCUUGCGCAAAUGCUGUGUCACAAUGUCAUAAACCACAGAUUUUGGUAAAUUUAACAUCUGGGCAAUUAAACGAAUACUUAGCCGACGGUCUGAGUUCAAAACUUUGCGCACACGACUCACAUUAUCGGUGUUUGUCGAAGUCGAAGGUCUUCCAGCACGGUCUUCAUCAGCGACCUCUUCCCGGCUCUCCAAGAAGGCCUGGUGCCACCGAAACACACCACUUCUUGCUAAAGCAACACCUGGGUAAGCCUGCUUGAUCAUAUCAAACGUAUCUGUCGCAGAUUUACCGAGUUUCACACAGAAUUUAAUCGCGUACCUCUGCUCUAACGAACGCUGCAUUUUCGGCUUGCACCACUCACAGAAACACGUCGCGCGAAAAUGCCUGUCCUGACUCUCCAAGUGCUCGGAGACAACUCACCAGCCGCUCAUUCGUUAGCUAGGAACGCCCUCUACCAAAUCAUGUCGGUGCGCGCACGCUCCGAAGUACAGUCAUGGCGGAAGAAAAUAAGUCCUAUUACUUUCCGGACAAACCCUGUAUAUAUAAUUUUCCGCAAUUGAUCUUGGCCACCUUUUUACUCGAUAGCUCUAGGUUGAGUGGCUGCUGAGAUACAACCAGCAUCCUUUAUUAAUGGCCCACCCAGUGUCUAUUUGAUUCAAAUGGCCAUUGACAGAAAGCCAUUUACAUUCGACGUUUCCUCAAUGCUCUCAGUAUUCUCUGUAUUAUCCAGUCAUGUGGUGAAUAUAUGUAAAACCUUCCUGUACAUGCUUUGAGUGGUAUGUUUAACGUGAAUUGCUGCUCGAUAUCUCACAUAUUUGCAUUUCGAUAUUCAUAUCAUAUAUAUAUGAACAGAAGACACUUCAUUGGUCAUUACUUAAGAUGCUGGUUCACUAAAUAAACUAAAUGAAAAAACUUAGAAGUCGGUUUUUCAAUAAUAUCUUGGAAUGAAGUGAUGAGAUACAAUGGUAAAAGAUUCUUGUAAUCUGGAGGUGUUUGAUAUGACAAUUUUUUAUAUGAUGGUCAAUAGAAAGAACAAUCUGUUAAUACUUAUUAUGUGUUGUGACAUACUUUGAAUCUUAAACAAUAAUUUUUAGUGUAGAAAUAAUUCUAAUUACUGACCUGGUCAAGUUUUUCGUGUUAUUACAAUACGUAUAUUGUAUAUUAUGUAAUUGAUAUGAGAAAUGAUAACAUUGUAGUGACAUGAUUUAUUUUAUUUCAUGCUCAUUGUAAAUCACAACUGGUUGCUGUAGGUACAGAUAGGACUGUCUUCAUAGAAAGUCCUGGUAUACUUCUUUUUUCUCUUUUAUUUCUAUUAUACCUUAUUAUUUUUUACAUAUUUGGUGUAUGUACUGGGAUGGGAAGUGCUUUAGCACAUGGUCUCUACAAAAAUUGAUAUAGGAGGAGGGUAGUCAAGGAUGUCGAGUUGCAGCGACAAAACAAAAAGCAGUGAAGUCAGAAAGAAACUUUGUUCUUGUAAAGCAUUCGUAAAUAUUUAUUUUCUUCUUGGGGGCGGACUAUAAAAAUAUAUGUAAAUUCGAUAUAAUUAUAAAUCAACUUACAACGUUGAAGUCUUUUGAGACAAGCGAAUUUGCCAUAUUUCGUUUUCUUUGCGAGUAUCGCAAUGUGUAAUGUUAUGCUACGAAUAGGAAAUUUUAACAAAAUGUAUGUGUUGUAAUGAACAUGAAAUAAUGUAACGAUCAAUCUACUUUUGCAACCACUGCUUAUUCAACUAUAAGAAUUAGCUUCAUUUAUGAGUACAUCUUCAUGUAAUCCUCUUUAUGCCCUCCCUUUGAUUAUUGGUUGUAUGGGCGGCGGUUGAUUUUUGUAAAAUGUUUCCGAUCGAUACGCUUAUUUGAAGGUAGUUUGUGAUAUUUUUCUGCGCAGAAUGAUCUCGAAUUCCCAUAAAGGCCAUUGCUUUUAAAUAACACGAUAAAGUUGACUUGGUCGCGGUACCGAGGGGUGAACAGACAAACUGUAGUAAUUUUAAGGACACAAUGGAAACUCUACGCCGGGAUAUUCUAGGGAUGUAUUAGGUCAUAAUAUUUAAUAUACGAAGAAUUUACGUAUCUUUUUUUGAUUAAUUUUUUGCAUGGUGAUGGUAAUAAUUUUUUUCUUGUAGGUGUAGUAGUAAGUUUUCAUUAUUUUUUUACAAUGCCACAUUCCACAGUUUUUUUUCUAUUUUUACGCGCUCAAAUUUAUCUAGUCACAUAGAAGGAACAUCCACGGAUCUAUUUCUACUGUCAUUAAAUUCUUAGUUCUAGUCAUUUUCUUAUUUUCGAGACAUUCGUUCAGUUCUUCCAGAAUUCUUAAUGCUAGGUCAGUAGCUUCACUAGUUGGUUAUACAGGGUGCCCAGUUUUGUUUGCAAAAAUUUAUUAGCUGCUUAGCACCAUAGCAGUUUGCAAGAUGCAUCAUCAUUACAUUUUUGAUCCUGCUUUGUUGAUUCAUUCUAUUGUUAAUUUGAUAAUUCAUCAAACGCAUAAUAGGUUAUGUCAAAUGCUAUAAAUGUACGUAUAUGUGCGUUCAUCUACAGCUAUAUAUCUUGAAGCUGAAUGAUCUAUUUUACUAAUUGUUCACAUUGUUUUAGAUGUAGAUUAAUGCGUUGAACUUAUGAAUGUGAUUUAUUAUUAUCACCUUGCAAAGUAGUAGCAAACAAUUCUUAUUAUGGAAUAACUUAUGAGCCAGGUGAUUAUGAAACCGUCAGUAUUGAUGCCAAAAUAACAUUAUUCUUAAAUUUCACAAACCAGUAAUGUUGAAGCACCAUUGAAUAUUAGAUGCAUUGGUUGAUAACGUAAGUACCUUAAUAGGCAAGAGUACUUUUACGUAAAUGAAAUCGUAAAGUGAUAUUUAUUACCCUUAUUUUACUUAUAUUGUUUAUGUCGUAUUUUGAAUAAUUUAUGCAAAAAUCAAGUUAUAUGAUUAAUAAAUAGUAAACAUUAGAUGAACAACAUAAACACUAACGUAUGUCUCAGAGCUUUUAAUUAUAUGAAAACAAUACAAAAUAACUUUGUUGCUAGACUCAAAUAUGGACAUCAAGAUCUCAAGUAUUAAUCAUAAACUCUUUAUUUUUCUCUCUUCUGAUGGAUUAAUUUUGGUGUCAGUUUAGGUAGAGAUGAAGUUAAACAUCAUGAACAGUAUUGACAGUAGAUUGUUUGCUACUAAAUCUAGUUUACAAAAACGUCUGCCAACUAAUAAUUAGUUCUUAAAAUCUUUGUAUGUGUUAUUUUAUGUUAGUUCAAAGCCUCUUAUUGUUUAUACAUAUCAUAUUUAUGUUAUCAAGAAAAAAAAAACGCCAAUAAGUCAUAAGGACACUCAAUCUGUACCUAAUUUUCUGAUUCAUAAGUCUUUUUAUUUAGGUAAGUCAUAUCAGGAACCUUUGUUUUUAGACAUUAUAAGGGCUUUAUCAUGCUACUAAUUAGUUGUUUGCAUUUUUAUCUCAUUAAAUUAUUAAUUAGUUGAAAA